AUGAAGUCAUUCACUCUUUUCAGUGCCGCGCUUGCCGCAUGCGCACAAACUGUCUCUGCCGCUGCCGCAGUCUAUGGAGCUGCAGAAGGUUUCGCCAAAGGUGUUACUGGUGGUGGUUCUGCAGCUGCUGUCUACCCUUCUACAACUGCCGAACUCGUUUCCUACUUGGGAGAUUCCUCUCCUCGUGUCAUUGUCCUCACCAAGACUUUCAACUUCAGAGGCACUGAGGGUACCACAACUGGAACUGGAUGUGCUCCAUGGGGUACUGCAGCAAACUGCCAACUGGCUAUUGAUGGAGCUGGUGGGUGGUGUGAAAACUAUCAGCCAAAUGCGCCAUCUGCCUCUGUCACCUAUGACAACGCCGGUGUUCUUGCUAUCAGCGUUGCUUCCGAUAAAACUUUGAUCGGUGAGGGCGCAACUGGUAUCAUCCAAGGAAAGGGUCUCCGCAUGGUUUCCGGCGCUAGUAACAUCAUCAUUCAAAACAUCAAGAUCGAGGAGAUCAACCCUAAAUACGUCUGGGGAGGUGACGCUAUCACCAUUAACGACGCUGAUAUGAUUUGGAUUGAUCGUGUUACAACUUACCACAUCGCUCGCCAACACAUCGUUCUCGGUACGCUCGCUUCCAACCGUAUCACUCUAUCCAACAACUAUAUCAACGGAGCUUCGGAUUACUCCGCAACUUGUGAUGGAUACCAUUACUGGGGAAUUUACCUUGAUGGAUCUAACGACUUGGUCACCAUGAAGGGUAACUACAUCUACCGCACUUCUGGUCGUGCCCCCAAGGUUCAAGGAAAUACCCUCCUCCACGCUGUUAACAACUACUGGUACGACAACUCCGGACACGCGUUCGAGAUUGGUUCCGGUGCCUAUGUUGUCGCAGAGGGCAACGUGUUCCAGAACAUCCCAGUCGUCGCAGAGUCCCCAAUUUCUGGUGAACUCUUCACUGCUCCAUCAACCGCCGCCAAUGCCGCUUGCUCCUCUUACCUCGGACACACUUGCCAGGUCAACGGCUUCGGUUCUUCUGGUACCUUCAGCUCCAGCACUAACUCUUUCUUCUCCGAUUUCUCAGGAAAGAACGUUGCUUCGGCUGCAGCUUACUCCACUGUUGUGUCCAGUGUUACCGCCACCGCUGGUUUCGGUUUGGUUUCCUACUAA